AUGCUGAUGGAAGCAUUGCCUGCUGAGAAACCUUCGCGUUCGUCUGGCAAGCCUGUGACCGAGGGUGAAUCAGAGAAAUCUUUUAAUACCGGCGCUUACGUGUACAGCCGCCAAUGUGGCUUGCGCGCCAACACAAGAUGUUUUCCUGCCGCUACAUGCUUGUUGGCCUCUAUUGUUUCAUCACUUUUUCCGGAAGAUCGAUUUAGCACUGUGGCGCUUUUUCGCAACAUCUCCACGCCCCUGCACCGAGAUGACAACAACGAUGGCACGUGUGACAAUCUACUUGUACCUUGCUCAUCCUUUCUUGAUGGUCAGGUCUGGAUUGAAGGCCAAGGAACGGUGCCUUGUCCGCUGGACAGUCGCCUUCACGGCUCUUUGCUUGAAACUUCGGCUGGGCCCACACGCUUUAACGCCAGUCAGCGCCAUGCCACCUGCCCGUGGUCUGGCCUGCGCUUGAUGUUGGUGGGGUUCCAGGUUCGCUGCUUUUCUACUCUGCCGGCUGCGUGUCGUGACACGCUGUGCGAGUUGGGCUUUACGCCUGACGGCCGCGGGGUCACUGUUCCGCCUGCUGUGCCUGCUUGUCCUUGCGCUCCAACCGUGACAUCGAGCCUCGAUGCUUCGGCUUGCAGCCGUGCGACUGCUACCUUAAGUCCCGAACCCGCCUCCCCUAACACCCCUCUGGGAGGGACCAUCCCACAGGCUCCUCAGCCUCCACCGCUUGGCUGCGGCCCUGAGUCAGUCAAUGACCUGUGCGCCAGCGCCGAAGACGUGGAUAUGUUGAUCGAUUCCGCUUUGGCUGAUGCAUUUCCCCAGCGCAGGUCACCCCUCGUCAUCGAGGUCUUUGCUGGAACUGCUUCGCUGAGUUCAGCCUGCUCACGUUCUGGUUUUCGCACCUUGGCCAUCGACCGCGUUGCAAAGCAGUCGAAAUUCCCCAUUCAGACCAUGGACCUCGCCCAGACCGCGGCUGUUGACCUUCUGCUUGACAUCAUCCUGCGGGAGGACAAUGACAUUGCUCUUAUUCACUUCGCGCCGCCGUGCGGCACCGCUUCUGCUGCCCGGGCCAUUGCACUUCCACAGCUUCAGGCACGAGGUUUGUCGGCACCGCAGCCACUGCGAUCUCUGGAACAUCCGCAAGGCCUACCUGGUCUUCAUGGCACCGAUCUUCAACGUGUUGACUCGCCCAACUGCCUUUAUCGUGCCGUUGGUACCAUUGCAACGGCUGCUAUGAAACGUGGCAUCCGCGUUUCCGUUGAAAAUCCUGCCAAUUCUCUGGCUUGGCUCUGUGACGGUAUGUCUGAUCUUCUCUACGUCGAGACGGCUUCCGAGGUUCUCUUCGACCACUGCAUGCAUGGCGGUCUUCGAGAUAAGUGCACGCGCUGGUGGUGCUCUGACUCAGUCUUUGAUUCCCUUGCACUUCGAUGUUCCAAGGACCACCCGCACGCCUCCUGGAAGCCUCGCUACGGCUCUGAUGGCCGUGUUUCUUUCCCCACGCAUGAUGAAGCCGCCUAUCCGGACUUGCUAUGUGAUCGCAUGCUUCCCUGCUUGCUGAUGAGUACCCUGGCCUCUCUGCCUUGCGGCCUCGCCCGGCUACGCAGGUGCUGCUGGACAAGCAGGCACGAUACGCUCGGCCUCUGGUGUCCAACUUCUCUGGCUAUGACACCUGGGCCGUGCCGCUUGGACGACAGGACUGGCCCAGGCUUAUCUGUUCGAUCUACCCCAAGGGGACGCGAGUCACGCGGCGCAAACUGGUGCCAUGGGGUCGUGUGCGGGUUUGCAGCCGCUCUUCCUACCAAGCUUUUGACGGGCGUUCCACUUCAUCCUGGGAUUUCCUUUGCAAGUUUGGUGACGAAGGUGCCGAUGACUGCCUGA